CAGAGCGAUCUUACUUUAGUUUUGUUGUUAAAUUAAUUUCAAACCCAUUAAUUACCUUACUGAAAGCGAAUUCUUCAAGUUUACAGACAUGGCUCUGACUGUGUUGCUGAACGGUGCUUACUUAUGUGGCAGAUGCUGCAGGCACCAAGUUUUGCACCCCUUACUUGAACCUUCCCUCAGCAAUUCCAUGUCAAAAUUGUAUAGCAGCUAUCGGAGGCCAGGGUCACAGCCUGAAAAAAAAACAUCGUGGCAAAAUGCUGAUUUCAGUUUUAAGAAGAGCAUUGAUAUCUUAAAGACUCAGCUAAGCAUGCUGAAGGAGGAGACCAAAAGCUACUUAAAAGGACCUGGAGGCUAUCCAUUUGAUCAGUACCUAUUAGAACAGACAAGGGUGUUGUGGGAGUUUCGGAGCCAAGAAGAUUUAAAUAAAUGGGUUAUUUCCUCUGAUGUGGAGAUUGGAGGCAAAAGUGAAGUUUACCUAAAAUUGGGUAGGAAUAACCAGGCUGCUCUGCUGUACGGAGUCCUCAAUACGGAAGUACCUCGUGAUGGGGAGACAAAAUACAGUGGAUAUUGUAGUAUGAGAUCUAAACCGCCAAUGGGAUCUUUUGCUAGGAAGAAGUAUUACGACUGGUCAAACUUCAACAGUCUGUAUUUACGUGUCCGUGGUGAUGGCAGACCUUGGAUGAUAAACAUUUAUACAGACCCUUACUUCUCCCAUCAAAAGGAUGAUCUCUACAACUACUUCAUGUUCACCCGAGGAGGCCCGUACUGGGAGGAAAUAAAGAUUCCAUUCUCCAAAUUCUUUCUCUCCAGUCGGGGAAGAGUCCAGGAUGACCAGCAUCCUAUGUGGUUAGACAAG